UCUGAAGGUCGGAUACACCAGAGAAUCUCGUCAUGAAUCUGAUUUCGGGCCCAGGUAUGCAGAACAUAGUGACCGUAAAUGCAUGUCCUCGGAGGUCUCAACGCAAGAAAUUUGUAACGGCGCAAGUGGUCACUCGCCCAAAGCACCACUCGAGGAUCAACAACGGACAAGAGUCUCUAUGCAGCAACGGCAACAGCCACAGCCAUCUCAAUCGCCCAAGGAAUCCAUCGACAGAUCCAACUCGCAGAACCAGGCGAUCACCCACGACGGGCUCACGGACGUGGAGGCUAGUCCGCAGGCUUGGCAGAUUUUCUGGCAGGGCCUGCGCAUCAAUGCAUCGAUAGCCCCGCAGAGCCAGGAGGAUUCUGUAGAAUUUGUUUUCGGGGUUCAAAGUUCGACCAUAGCGGGUAUCCGAACCGGGGUCCUCUCACAUCAGAGGCGCCUUACCCAUUGA